AUGUUCUGCACCUCCAUGAUGGAAGUGGCCGAUGAAUUCGGUGAGGAUUUCGGUAAAGACUUGGCCGCCGAAUUUAAGGACUCAGACAUUGAGUUGUCGGUUCCUGCUUUCUCCAACCUGUUGCCCAAAUCUCAUGCGGUCAAGUCUCUCCGCGACGACCACACAGUUCCGCCUGUUUAUCCAGUGGGGCCCAUCGUGAACCUCGACAACAAAAAAUCAGAAGCAAUAAUGACUUGGUUGGAUGAUCAACCCCCCUCGUCAGUGGUGUUGCUGUGCUUCGGUAGCAUGGGUAGCUUCGAGGAGGAUGAGGUGAAGGAGAUAGCCCAUGCGCAUGGAACGCGCCGGCCAUCGUUUCUUGUGGUCCCUAAGAAGACCGCCGGCGAAGGGGAAUUUGAGGUGCCAAGUGAGUACGAAAACCCGAACGAAAUCCUCCCAGAAGGGUUCAUGGAACGAACGGCUGAGAUUGGGAAAGUGAUAGGAGAGCUUGUGGUGCGGAGUGCCAGUCGCAACGUGGCCAUUAUACGCGGAGCAGCAAAUGAAUGCGUUUCUGAUGGUGAGGGAAUUUGGAUUGGCGGUGGAGAUUAA